UGGGGUGUUACACUGGCCUAAGAGGAGCGAGCGGAGGAGAGCAUCUCCUCGAAGAGGGAGUGGGGAUGCGAAAGGGAAGAAGAGAGAUGAAUGGCAGAGGAGGCCGAUGGUGUUCGAGAGGCAGAGGUAUCACAACUUUACUCCUUUGAGGAAAGAUAUGACAGAAGUGCUCGAGGCCAUGGAACAGAAGAUGUCGACCGAGGACGUAACUUGGCCAAUGACAAUGUUCACCGGCCCGCAUCGGCCCCGGUCGGAUUUGUAUUGUCGAUUUCACAAGGAUUACGGCCAUACCACGGAGAACUGCAGGCAUUUGAAAGAUGAGAUUGAGAGGUUGAUUCGGGCAGGAUAUCUGAAGAAGUUUUUCUAUCACGACAGGGUAAGAGGAAAAGGCAGGAGGAGAUGUAGAGAUGAUUCCGAAGAGAGGA